AUGGCAGAAUUCACUCACCAGAGCACGGAAGAACAAGAAGCAGAGAGUUUACAGGAUGAAGUUUUAGAAUUUGCACCAGCAGAUUCUUUACCAGAAGUAGAAGAUCCAUUACAGGAGAUAAACUUAGGGACAGAAGAGGAUCCAACACCCACUUUCACUAGUGCACUAUUGAAAGAACCACUCAAGAGUGAAAUCAUUGCACUUUUGAGUGAUUUUCGAGACUGUUUUGCUUGGCAUUAUCAUGAGAUUCCUGGACUGGACAGAAAACUGGUAGAACACAAGUUGCCAGUCAAAGAAGUCUACUUUCCAGUCAAACAGGCCAGAAGAAGAAUGUCUAUGGAAACAGAACUCAAAGUCAAGGAAGAAAUAGAAAGAUUGCUCAAGGCAGGAUUCAUCAGACAGGCCAUUUAUGCUGAUUGUCAUUCUCUAGAGGUAUAUAUAGAUGAUGUAGUAAUUAAAUCCCCAGAAGAGGGAGACCAUGUAUCAAAUAUGAGAAAAUCAUUCUUAAGAAUGAGACAACAUAAGUUGAAAAUGAAUCCCAAGAAGUGUGUUUUUGGAGUUCAAGUAGGAAAUUUCUUAAGUUUCUUGGUUCACCAAAGGGGCAUAGAGAUUGAGAAAAAUAAAGCAAAAUCCAUCAUAGAAGCUUUGCCACCUCUGAACAAGAAAGAACUGCAGAGUCUCCUUGGAAAAAUUAAUUUUCUAAGGAGAUUCAUAUCCAAUUAUGCAGGAAAAAUUCAGCCCUUCUCCUCCUUGCUGAGGUUAAAGCAAGAGCAGACAUUUAAAUGGGAAGAACAGCAUCAACAGGCUUUUGAGGAAAUCAUGCACCACCUCUCAAACCCACCAGUUCUGUCCCCACCAAAGAGAGGUAGACCACUCAAACUCUAUGUUUCUGCAUCAGAAGUUUCCAUAGGGAGUCUGUUGGUUCAAGAUAACAAGGAAGAGAAGGAACAUGCAGUCUACUAUCUGAGCAGAACUCUGACAGAGGUAGAAAGGAAAUAUUCUGCAAUUGAAAGGCUAUGUUUAGCCUUAUACUUCACUGUUGUGAAACUCAGACACUACAUGCUGCCAUUUACCAUCUACAUCAUCGCCAAGACAGACCUAAUCAAAUACAGGCUAACAAGGCCAAUGUUGAGAGGCAGAAUUCGAAAAUGGACUCUGGCUUUGGCAGAAUUUGCUUUCAGAUAUGUUCCUCAGAAAGCUGUCAAAGGACAAGCUGUAGCAGAUUUUCUAGAAGAUCAUCCAGGGGAAGAGAUUGAAAACGUGGACUCCUUGGAUAUAGCAAAUGCAGAUCUGUUGACUAGAGCCCAUCCCAUCUAUUCAGUCCACCUCACAACUUGGAAGCUAUACUUUGAUGGAUCAAAAAUUGAUGUAGCUUCUGGUGUAGGAAUUGUUUUGGAGGAACGACUAGGAAUCAGACGCUGUUAUUCCUUCCAGUUAGAUUUCCAAUGCACCAACAACAAGGUUGAAUAUGAGGCUUUGAUCAUUGGCCUAGAAAUGCUGGUGGAAUUGGGGAUCCAAUCUGUGGAGAUCCUGGGAGAUUCCAUGCUUGUGUUGAAACAGAUUGCUGGAGAAUACAAGUGUCUAAGUCCUUCUUUAGCUAUCUAUCUAGUGGCAGCUAGAAACCUUCUGAAGGAAUUUAGGGAAGCUACUUGGGAACAUAUCCCAACAGAAGAAAACUUUGCAGCCUAUGAAUUGGCUCAGGUAGCAACAGGUGUACAAAUGUCUGAAGACUGUGUGCAAAGGAUCAUCAAGGUAGGAAAGAAAAGUCUACCAUCUGUUCUGGCAGGAGGAAUGGAGAUCGAUGUCAAUUCUGCCAUAAUCACUGAAGAUGAUUGGAGAAAUCCUAUCAUAAAUUACUUGUAG